GAGGCUGACAGACGCCAUUUUGAUUUUGUGCAAAUGUUACAUCGUAUCUCCGAGGCCCUGACAACGGAGGAAGUGAAUCUGCUGAAGUUCUAUUGUAUUGAAUACAUUCCAAAAGGCAGGGCUGAAAAACUCGAACGGGCGAUCGACGUGUUCCAGAAGCCACAAGAGCUGGACAAAAUAAACCAGGAGAACUUAAACUUUCUUGAAGAGAUCUUGGAAAGAAUGGGGAGAUCAAACCUGGUGAGGGACGUUCUGAGGCCGUUCCAACCGCCUAACCGAGUGAUUCCGGAAAACCCCGAACUAGAACCGGGAACAAGUGCUGAUGGUGCAAGCGUAGGUGGAGAAACAGCCGAAGCCUACUUGCUCAUUCAAGGACAAAGGCACAUGACCCAGGAGACCGUAGAUCGCCAUAGAUACUAUCUAAGAUCUCUGUGUCGAAUUGAGGGCUCAGAGGUUAUAUUCAGAGAACACAGGGGAGGCAACAGCAUCCUUGUGCACUACACCAUACCGCGGAAGAGCACAGCGGUGCUUAAGCUCAUGGCAUAUAACUCUGACCCAAGACUUGUAUUCAUGGGCGUCAAGUCACUGCAGAUCGACGCUGAAGCACCAAUCGAAGUCGCACAGGAGGCGCUUUUCAACGAUAUCAAGAGACAGCAAACCGUCGAUGACAUCGAGGUGGGCUGCAGUACCCGCACCAAGCAGCAGAGAGCGCCCAGGAACUGGACCCGCCUGUCCGCUCUGAACCUGUUCUCGGACGCCCUGCCCCUCCAUCUGCAGGUAGCCGCGAGUCUGGAGUACCAGGGCUUCCCCUAUAGCCUGGUCCAGGCUCUGGUGCAGAAUGGUCAGCUCAGAGAACAAGAGAUAAAGAAGAAGGAUCAGCUCAGAGAACAAGAGAUGAAGCAGCUCAUCCAAAAGGUGGAUUCCAACACGAUCAUGACCUUACGCUCCAAGCUGACCAUUUCAGAGAACAGGUUGAAGGAAGCUCUUGAGGCGAACGCAGUUCUUGAACAAAAGCUCCAGCAGGCCCGUGAAUACGUCGAAAAAGCCGCAAAGCAGGUCACCUCUUACGUGACGGAGUACAGGGGAGAGAAGCCGCCUGGCGGCUGGUCACAUGAGUACAGGGGAGAGAAGCCACCUGGCGGCUGGUCUGCACAUGUUGAGGAGGCAAAUGUAGUCACACAGACACACCUAGCGGCUCGAAAGGGAACUGCAGGAGUAGGAGUAGAUUCGGGUGACACCGCAAAGGAAGAAUCGACUGCAAAGGACGCAGAGAAGAGAACGAAAGGAGAUGAAAAGGAGGACAAACUUGCGACGCAACAGACCGAGGAAAAGCGACCAACGUCAGCAGGGGCAGAUGAUGCGACACCUUGUACUACUGGAGACUUAAGUCAAGGUAAGAUCACUUACGGCGGGGCGGAAUCAGGACUAGGGAAAUUUCAGCACCCACGCAGCGUUGUGGUGUCUAGUAACGAAAUAUUUGUGGCCGAUACCCGCAACAGGCGAGUCCAAGUCCACACCACAGAGGGGGUUUACCUCCGCCACUUCCCAACAGUCAUACCGGGCACAGAGGACGAGGACAUGUGGCCACAUGAUGUUAUUAUGGAUGGUAGCGGCACACUGUGGGUAGUGGGGAAUGGUGAAUCAGGCGAGUAUGUUGUACAAUACAGCACGGACGGGACCGCCAUGACACAGUUUCACCUUCAGAAGAGCGGGUAUUACCGCGGCAUUGCGGUGGACAUACGCAAUAACCACAUCCUGGUGACUGAUGCAGCCUGUUGUGAAGUUGAGGUGUUCCGUCCGGACGGCUCUCUGGUGCGGAGGUUCGGACAUCCACAGGGUGAGAUGAGACGGCCGCUGUACAUCACUGUGGACGGGGAAGGAAACAUCCUUGUGUCGGACCCGGGAACUGAUUUUGUCUACAUGUAUGACGAGUCCGGGAAGUUCCUGCUUAAGUGUGGAGGUCAUGGAAGUGGUGAAGGUCAGCUACGGUAUCCCCGCGGUAUCUGUACAGACAGCUCGGGUCACAUCAUCGUGGCGGACCGUGGGAACAAGAGGGUACAGAUGUUCACACGUCACGGCGAGUAUGUCCGGAUCAUUGAGACUGGGUUUAAGCCAUAUGGCGUGGCCGUGGGACCGGAAGGACAGCUGGUAGUGACUAAUUAUUAUAAUCAUUCAGUGACUAUUUAUCCUAGUUAUCUGUAA